UAUGGGAUUCGUUGCACACCGCAAUUUCCUGAUUUCCACUUUGUUUCGCCGCACCCCCUUUUCAUUUCGUCUCUGCAUUGCAUGCUUGCUUUUAGCUUCUGUGCAGGACUUAUUGAAUUGGGAGAUUGAAAAAAAAAGUUUUUUUUUUUUAUUUAUCUUUUGCAAUGUGUUUGUGGGGUUGAGUGUUGUGAACAGUACUGGUCGGAUUGGAGAAGGUUUUGGAGAGUGGCUUCAGGGUUUGCUUGUUAGAGCUUUUGUGUCUAAUGGAGAGCACAAUGAUGUGAUCGCAAGUGUGUUUGGUCACAUUCGUGUGAAAAGGGAGCGAAAAGGAUUUGCCUUUCAGCUGGAUAUUGUUGAUUAAUUAAGCAUCAAGACUUCGUGAUUCCAACUGCCACAUCUGUUGCAAAAUCCUCUGGAUGAAAAAUGGAUGAUGGCCGCCAACAUGAAAACAGCAGGCAUAAGAUGGAUUACUACAGAGGAGCACAUUCCCUGUGGAAUACCGAUUCCCAGCAUCAAGUAAAAGAGCCAAAUGCAUUAGUUAUGAAUAAGAAGAUAAGGUCCAUUAUGGCUGAAAGGCAGGCUGCCAUUCUAGAACUUGAACUAGAGGCUGCUAUAUCCGAAAAGAAUGAAGCCUUGGCUGCUCGAGAUGCAGCCAUUCGGCAAAGAGAUGAAGCAAUUGCUCAGAGAGAUCAUGCUCUUUUGGAACGUGAUAAUGCUCUUGCAGCCCUUCAAAGUCGGAACAAUUCUGUCAACUUCCCAUUUGGCAGCGGAAUUCAUUGUGGAUCAAAACGGAUGCACCAUUCUUCAAACCAUCUAUCUAACAUGACUGAUGCUGCGUACAGCGCAAAGGAUAUGAUUAUAAGGGAUGCCUCUCCAGUGACUGUUAUACCUUCUGAAGCUGUAAAGUCUCAUCAAACAAAGAAAACAAAGGAUAACAAGGUAAUUAAUUCUAAGGCAUCAAAGACACCCUGCAAAGUAAAGAAAAUGGGUGAGGAUUUAAACAGGCAGGCUUCUUCCGAAGGGACAAAGAUCAGAUCUGAAUGGGACAGGCAAGAUGUUGGCCUGAAUUUGGUUGCAUUUGAUGAAACUAUCAUGCCAGUGCCAGUAUGCACAUGUACCGGCGUACCACGUCAGUGCUACAAAUGGGGGAAUGGCGGUUGGCAGUCAUCCUGUUGUACCACGACAUUGUCUAUGUAUCCACUACCACAACUUCCAAACAAGCGUCAUGCCCGCAUUGGAGGACGAAAGAUGAGUGGAAGCGUCUUUACAAGACUUCUCAGUAGGUUGGCAUCAGAAGGCCAUGAUUUAUCUAUACCAUUGGAUCUUAAGGAAUACUGGGCCAGACACGGAACAAAUCGCUACAUCACCAUCAAGUAGGUUGCUGACUCAUUUGUAUCGAGUUGUGUUCCAUUUUAAACCUCUUGCAACAACUGGCCUUUGAUUGAAAUCAUGCCUAGAUAAGCAUGGUAUGCUUGAAUUUUGCAAACACAGUUGAUUUUUCAAUACAAGGCUGUUUUCCCCAUGCUUAUUUUUGGUUACUGAUAUGGCUAGACCCAACUUCCAUCAUUAUGAAUGGGAUAGCUGUAAAGUAUAAUGUAUGUACAUGUGACUUUCUAGUUUCUAGGUGACUAGAAGUAGACCCCCUUGGUUGGUUUCAGCGUUGUCUAUCCAUUAUUAAUACGUUACGUAGGAAACUUUCUCCAUUUUUUUUGGUCUGUGGUUCUUUUGUUAACUAUAAAUUUCAAUGGGGAAAAUUUCCAAUUUCCUUAGGGAUCAAAAGUCUCUAGAGAGACUUUGUCACGAGACACUGUUUAGUUGUUCAGUUUGGCUUUAUUUAUUUAUUUAAUCUUUAGGAAAGAAUUACAACAAUCCCUUACGAGAUAUGGUCACAGAAACAAAACAUAUUAUUGUUUAGGAUUGUGAUGUGUUGGAAUUUAUUUAACUUUGUGUUGCACUAAGGGUGUGCUUAAAGAUUAAU